UUUAGUUUGCUUGCUUAUGUCGAUCAAGGACAAAGCUUCAGCUGUUCCAGAACUGUCAGCCACAAAUGAAGGGUGAAUCAUCAGCACACUGACAGCUACUAUCCAGCUCCUCUUUCUGCUCUGGCUGCAUGUCCUCAUAAUGUACUUGAACUGUGACACACCUCUAGCUGCUAUGUAUAGAGUCUGUUGUCAGAGCUCUGCAAACAAAUAGUUUAUACAGUGUCAGAUACCCUUGGUCUGGAUCAGAGGGAUUCGCUCAAGCUUGUGGUACGACGCAGUCUACGUGCUGUAGUUUGGCGUGAUUCAAACUUUUCUCGUCGUUUCCAGUUCCACUGGAGAUGAAAUGAAGAUUUAUGGAACAGAUGUCAUGGAGUCCAGCAGCUGCCCACACUUGAGCCAACAGUCAGGACAAUAUAAGGGAGCAGACAGCCUGCGAGUCAGCAUUAAAGACUGUGUUUUCACUGUGGAUAAACCCACUGUAGUCAAAAACUGUGAGUACUUCAGAGCAUUGUUCCAGUCAGGAAUGAGAGAGUCUAAACAGGAGGAGGUCCAGCUGAAAUGUGUGGGGAAUCUGGGAUUUCAAGUUCUGCUGCAGGUGCUGGAUGGGAAGCGACCCAUCCUCAACAGUGACGAGAUCGUCGAAGCAAUAGAGUGUACGGCUUUUCUCCAGGUGCCAGCUCUCACCAAGCAUUUGAUCAAUAUUAUAAAUUCCCAAAACUGCUUGCUCAUGUUUCAUACAGCUGCAACCUACGGAGAGUGGGAGUUGUUCCACAGAGCAGCUUUAUUCAUCAGAGACAUGUACGCUGACCUAGGGGAGGAGGUUCGUAGCUUACCCAGUAAGCUGCUGGAGUACAUUGAGUCUCUUCUCCCAAGUAGCUACAUGGCAGUGUGCAGUCACUCUCCAUCCACUGAGCUGCUCCAGGAUGCCCAGAGGACAGUGUGUCAUCUGGAUGAAGAGCAAAAAGAGUGGCGAAUCCUCACACAUCUUCCUAUGAGCACCAGCACUAUCAUGGCAGGCGUGGCAGUCCUCGACAACAAACUGUACAUAAUCGGAGGAUUGUAUGAUUUAAGCAAGAAGGUAGUGGAGACUGGAUUCUGCUACGAUCCCGUGGCCAAUUCAUGGUCAGUGAUUUGUGGACCUCAGCAGCUACGCUACAACUUCUCUCUGAUAGGUCAUGAGGGAUGUCUCUAUGCUAUAGGAGGGGAGUAUAACAAGAAGGCUCUGUCAUCAGUGGAGAGAUAUGGGCUGUCUGAUCAGAACUGGAGUUUUGUUUCCUCCCUCCCGUGCCCUGCAGCCUCAGUGGUGUCCACUGUAGCCAUGAAGAGGAUCUAUAUCUGUCUUUGGAAAGGGAAAGGGGCCACAGACAUCCUUGAGUACGUACCUGAACACAAUCGGUGGAAUCUGGUCACUACACUCAUCCGCCAGCACAGUUAUGGUCUUCAUAUGGUGGCCCACAGGGAUAACCUCUAUGUGAUGCGGAAUGGACCAUGUGAAGACUUCUUACAAUGUGUGAUGGACUGUUACAACCUGACUUCAGAUCAGUGGACAGUGAUGUCCGGUCAGUACGGGAACAGCAAGAGCUCUCUGUUCACGGCAGCGGUCAGAGGAGAUUCUGUGUUCACGCUCAGCAGACACGUGACCACAGAGUACACCAUAGAGGAGAACAAAUGGAGGCUCCGGCGUGAGAUGAAAGGUUUUGGCAGGAUUGGAUCCAUAUAUACAUUUUUGAUGAGGCUUCCUAAACCCACUCCCUCCCUUUUAGGAAAUUGCCCAAGCCAGAACCUGAGAGACACUGAUGUCUGUCACAGAUGUCCCCUGGGAUGCUCUCAGCACAUUUAAAAGCUGGUGAUCAUCAUUCUGAUUUCUAUUCUAAUAAUAUGUGGCAAAGGAUUACAGCCCACACUGCAGCUGUUUCAAUCGCACCUCUAAAGAAUUGGUUUAGUCUGCCCAAACUAUUGUUUCAGACUGUUUACUGUUCAGACUGUCUACGGAGGAAUCAAAGCAGGAUUGAUGGAUGAAGCUGCAAAGCUAGCACUAAUGUUGCUUUGCAGCUUUUUAUCGUGUUUGUUUGUG